AUGGCGGCGUCCAGGGGCUGGAAGCUGGUGCCGCUCCGCGGGCUGUGCGCCCCCGCCGCCGCCUCGGCCUCCUCCGCCUCUGCCACGGGCAAAGCUGACGGCCCAGAGGCGGCGGCGGCGCGGUACCCGCCGGUCGUGGCUUCCAUGACGGCCGACAGCAAGGCGGCGCGGCUGCGGCGGGUGCAGCGCUGGCAGGCGGCGGUGCACGCGGCGCCGUCGGCGGACGAGAAGAUGCGGAUCCUCACCAAGAUGCAGUUCCAGAAGUACGUGGUGUACCCGCACACCUUCGCGCUGGGCGCCGACCGCUGGUACCAGGGCUUCACCAAGACGGCGCUGCUGGCGGGCCUGCCGCGCGCGCACGGCCCCGCGCACGCGCCCUCGCCCCCGCCCCCGCCCGGCCUGGACCUGGCGGGCCUGCGCGCCGCCGUCCGCGACUGCAUCCUGCAGGAGCACGUCUACCUGCGGCGCCGCCCGCGCAUGCACCAGCGCCUGCACCAGCACCCCUUGGGCCAGCGCCACGCCCUCGCCUCGCCGCUCCUGGACAGACUCGUGGAGACUCUGGUGAACCUGCUGGCCCCGCUCAACCCCGUGCUGGCCACCGCCGCCCUCGAUUUUAAGCGCCCUGUUGACUUUUACUGGCACCGUGGUGAGGAACGCAUCUCUGCUGGUCAUCGAAAAGGGCGUAUUGAUGCUCUACGAUAUCAGAUAAAUGAUAAACCACACAACCAGAUCCGAAUAUCUCAGCAGCUCCCCGAGUUUGUGCCCUUGGAUUAUUCCAUUCCUGCAGAAAUUCCUGUUAUGCCGUGUAAACCAGACAAGCUCCCAUUAUUCAAACGGCAAUAUGAAAACACCAUAUUUACUGGCUCCAAAACAGCAGAUCCAUGCUGCUAUGGCCACACCCAGUUCCAUCUGUUACCUGACCGUUUAAAUAGAGAAAAGCUGAUAAAGCAAAACCAAGCUGAGCAGGUAGAAGUUGUUUUUAGAGCUAAUGCCCUUGCAAGUCUUUUUGCUUGGACUGGAGCUCAAGCUAUGUAUCAAGGAUUCUGGAGUGAGGCAGAUGUUACUCGACCUUUUGUCUCCCAGGCUGUGAUCACAGACGGAAAAUAUUUUUCUUUUUUCUGCUACCAGUUAAAUACUUUGGCACUGACUGUACAGGCUGAUCAAAAUAACCCUCGUAAAAACAUAUGUUGGGGGACACAGAGUAAGCCUUUGUAUGAGACCGUGGAAGAUAAUGAUGUGAAAGGCUUUGACGAUGAUGUCCUCCUGCAGAUAGUUGACUUUCUUCUAAAUAAGCCAAAAGAAGACAGAACACAGCUGUUGGGAAGCCAGGAGAAAGCACUUGAUCUGGGACCUUGAGGAUAUUUAAAUUUGACCAGAGGAAUAAUAAAAUCAUUUAAGAAUUA